GUUAAUCAAUAUGGCGGCUGUAACAACAGAAACUUCAGUAGAAGAAGAUGCGACAGAACUUCAAUUUCCCAAAGAGUUUGAAAACGCAGAAACACUUUUGAACUCUGAAGUUUUCAUGUUGUUGGAACAUCGGAAAGCUCAGAGUGAAGGUGCUGAGCAAGAUGAACAAGAGCUUUCAGACGUAUUUAUGAAAACAUUAGAAUACACGCAAAAAUUUAGCCGAUAUAAAAAUCGUGAAACCAUUGCCAGCGUUAGAAGCUUACUAGGGAAAAAGAAACUUCAUAAAUUUGAGUUGGCAUGCCUUGCAAAUCUUUGUCCAGAGACAGCAGAAGAAGCCAAAUCUCUCAUACCAAGUCUGGAAGGUAGAUUUGAAGAUGACGACUUGCAGCAGUUGUUGGAUGAUAUUCAGACACACAGAAGUUUUCAAUAUUGAACAGCAUCAGAAGCAUUUGUUAAUGGCACACCGUUCAUGUUUCCUAAGAGACAUUGGAGAAAAAUGCUGUCCAGCAAACAUCUUAUUGAUAUUAAGUUUGAAAAAACAAGACUUUUACAGAGCAAUGAGACAAUAAGCCAUUCAACUAACUGGGAAAAAUUAAAAACAAAAUUUGACCCAAGCAAUGAAAUGCAAAGGAAUUACUGUUCUUGGGUUUGCUUAACAGGCUUGAAUUGUUACGAAAAAAUAUGAAAUAGGUCGGCCAAUAGUUUAUACUCAAUUUUAACAAAGUGUUCCCUCCAACUGAGAGGGAGGCCUGGGAGGGUGAAAGUAACGCUUCAUGAUGUUACGUCUAUGUGAGUGGUUUUUUAUAUAAGUUUUUAGGAGCCAACGUCACUCUGCCUCACAGUUUCUGGAGUUACUAUAUCAGGGAUAACCAGUUAGUCCCCGAAUGUCAGGUCUUUAUUUCUUCCUUCAUAACGCUAGAGGGGGGAAGUCAGGCGAAGAGACAU